GAAGUCGAAGAAGAGCUUAUGCAUAAGAGAGUGGUAAACUAUUUCCCAUCUUUUUACCUGAUUUACUUCGUUCACGAUGUCCACCGAUACUCUUCGUUGGGAAACCUUACAAGCUCUGAAAAACUCGUCAAAGGGAAAGAUCACAUUUGAUCCCUUUUGGUCGGCGAGGGGUGAGGAUAUUUUGGCAGGUUAUAAAGACUCGCUCAGCCUGUCUUCUCAGUCUGGAGUCAUCCUGCAACAACUCACCUCCCAGUCCCCUCAGAAGUUUGCAGGUUUGAGCUUUAGCUCUGGUCUUUCCAGUCCCGGACUCUCUGCCUCAGAUUGCUCCACUGGAUCAAGUGGUGACACCACUGGCAAGAACGACACAGUCACUGCAGCACAAGAAGAGAUUGAAAGUCAUAACGAGAAGGAUUCGGAGGAAGUCAGGAGUCCCUCGUCCCCGCCAGCCAUAUCCUUGCUCUCUCCUGAAGCCAUGGCAACGACUGGAAGCAUCCUCCAGAUAGAGGAGUCAUACCGUAGAAAAGCACGGAGGGCUUUCAGAGUGCAUCAAGAGCUCCAUGAGGAGAUGGUAGCGCAGGUGGUUCGCGGUCAGAACGAGCAGCUGAAACGCUUUGAAGAGCGCAUGGAGUUGAAGCAGAGGCAGGAGUACCAGAGCAUGAUGGAUAUGAUGGACAGAGAGACAAAAGAGAGCAUUGGUCGUCAAGAAAAGCUGAAAGAAGAGCAUCGCCACAGAUUGAAGAUCCUCAACCUCCGUCUGAGGGAAGCAGAGCAGCAGCGCCUGAGGGAGGCAGAGCUGGAGCGACAGCGGCAGGUUGAAGGCAAAGAGAGACUGCGUAACCUCAACUCCAUUCAAGAGGAGAUCCUGCAGCUCAACCAGCUGCUGGAGCCCUCCACCCAGACCCAGACCACCGUCCCUUCAGCCAGUGUUGGCACGUACAGCACCCGUGGGAACCAACUGUGCUCCCAGGUGUCUGAGGUGGUUCGAAAGACGACAGACGGACAGUAUCCCAGCGUGGAAGACAUGACCGUGGCAGAGCGGGCCCUCCAUGAAAUGAGGACACUGAUCCGCUUGAUGCAAGAGGAAGCCGCCAAAGCUCAGGAGGAGAAGAAGAAGAAAGAGCUAGAGGAGGAAGAGUCCUGCAGGAAGCUGUCUGAGCUGAAGACUCAACAGCAAGCCCAAGAGAAGGCAGAGCUGUCUGCUAAAGAGAAAGCACAUAAGCAAGGGCUGCAGAACAACGCUGAAGACACAACGUUGAAAUGGUACGAUGAGUUGCAGGAGUCUCUUAUUCAGUGCGCUCAAUCCAUAGAAAAGCUCGCCUCCUCAAAGGAUGUCCAGACACAGAGAUUGAAGUUGGACCUCCAGAAAGCCUCCAUGAUCCCCAUCAGUCAAAUUUCCUUCAAUUCUGGAUCUCAUCUACGAGGAAUCUUUGAAAAGCUGGACAAGCUGCUCUCUGGUCAGGCGGUGGUGUCUGGGGGCAAGUCAGUGUCCACAUCGCAGCAUCCACAGGGCCUGGACUUUGUGUAUUACAAAAUGGCUGAGAAGUUUGUGAAACAAGGUGAGGAGGAGGUGGCGGCUCAUCACGAAGCAGCCUUCCCCAUCGGUGUGGUGGCGUCGGGUAUCUGGGAGCUGCACCCCCGACUGGGCGACCUCAUACUCGGCCACCUGCACAAAAAAUGUCCGUACACGGUUCCACACUAUCCUAGGAUGAAGGACGGCACGUCUGUGGAGGAAUAUCAGAGAAUUCUUGGUUUCCGCGUGGAUGACUCUGGGGUUGAAGGUCAAGAUAGUUUCCUAAAAAGGAUGUCUGGCAUGAUCCGCCUCUAUGCUGCCGUGAUCCAACUGAGGUGGCCGUUUGACUCCAAGCAGGGGUGGUCUCGUCAUGGUCUGAACAACGGCUGGCGCUGGUUGGCUCAGAUGCUCAACAUGGAGCCCAUUGCUGACAUCACAGCGACGCUGUUGUUUGACUUUCUUGAGGUUUGUGGUCAUGCUUUGUUGAAGAGCUAUCAGGGCCAGUUCUGGAAACUCCUCCUGCUUCUGAAAGAGCAAUAUUUGGCCAGGAUUGAAGCUGUAACAAGCAGUGGACAGAUGGGAUCAGUCUGCAGACUCAGACACUUUCUGGAGAAAUCACUGCAGGAACGGCACAUAAGUCCACCCAAAGGCCAGCUUAGUGUCGCGUUCUGGCGGUCAUGAUGCUUGAGAGAAAGCUUUGGAUAAUCAGGCUGCAUGGACUCUGCAUCUUUCUCCUGCAGUGAAAGACACUAAUGAAUUCAAUGGAAUCAUGUUUAAGUGUUUUAUUGCAACUCCAGAGCUGAAGCUCCAUAACAUGACUGUGAACAUAACACAGCAAUGGCUAUCUCGUACUUAAACUUGAACAUUUAAAGCAGUGGUCUUUUACCGUGGAUGCCGUUUUUUUUCCACAGCGAAGGUCCGAAUCUUAUUUUGCCUUAAAUUGCAUCAAACGGUCUAACUCAUACGAACAUCAAAUGUAAUGAAACCUUGCUUAUCACCCUUAACACAAUUAUUUUGGCACCUCAAUUGCAGUUAAAGAAAACUGCACUGGUUUCUCUAAAGCAGGGGUCACCAACACAGUGCCCGCGGGCACCAGGUAGCCCCCCACGACCAAAUGAGGCGCCUGCUUUUCAUUCAGGUUUUCAAUUAGUAAUGUGAGAACACUAGAAAGAAAUGUAUUCAGAAACAUAAAAUGUGAGUUGUGGAUACUAGCAUUUUGUGAAUGAAAACAAGCAUAUUUGAUUUGUUUGGGUUAAAAUAAGGUAAGAAAAUCCAUCCAUCCAUCCAUUUUCUAUACCGCUUCUCCUCCUCAUUAGGGUUGCGGGGGCAUGCUGGAGCCUAUCCCAGCUGACUUCGGGCAACAGUUUCUACAAAAAUGAGUAGCUCGUGGCCAUUUUCAUUUUCUAAAGGUAGCUCUCGCAAGAAAAAAAAGUUGGUGACCCCUGCUCUAAAGUGUCUCUUUAGCAGGAUAUCUGCAACAGUACAAUCUCUUAAAGUUUCACAUUUUCUUGUUAUUGCUGUAGCUGACAUUGGGAUUUGCCCGAAUUUGUCACACAAUUCCUCUUUCUCUUUACCUUUUGAGUAAGAUCUCUGCAGCUGCAGCCCUCCUUCCUUCCCAACUCCCCCGUCAGUGAAAGACGUUUUGUGCUGCUCCAAUAUCCAUACAAUCCUUAGUGACGACACAUUAGCACGUCACUGUGCUAUGAAUGAAUGUGCUACGACUGUCGUAGAUUUUCCAUAGGGGGGUCCGCGCGCUCACAUCAGACUUGGGUGGACACUUCCCCUCCAAUGAUGAGUGUUUUGUCAAGUUUGGCGCUGGAUUCCGGAAUAUAUUGGUCUGUCCGUUCACUUUUAAAUGUUCGCUUUUCUUUGUCAACUUUUCGUUUGAGCAAGGUUCUCAUUUGAAGAUUAAGCAGCAUAGAAAAUAGAUGGAUGGUUCGAAUUCGCUCGGCAAGUAAGCAAAUGAUUUCAUUGGCUCAUUUUGAGGCACGUAACCGUAAUAACUGAAGUAAUCACGCCCGCAUUCAGCCGCUGCGAUCGGUCUGCGAGCAUGAUUUUAUGUUAUUAUGCUUCCCGUUCACUUUAAUUGGUCACAAGUCGGUAAAGGGCCAUCACUGGGUCCGGAUCCGGACGGAGGUCUGUCAUUUGUUCCUGGUAGUUCCUGGCAGAGACUCGACUUUCACUGACUCACGGGUGCUCAAUGAAGAUUAGAAUUUCACUGAAUCAGGGAUGCUCAUGCAUGUUAGGUUAAUUGGAGACCUUUGAAAUUGACAAUUGGAAUUGUCCUUAGGUAUGAAUGUGAGUGUGAAUGGUUGUUUGUCUAUAUGUGCCCUGCCAAUAUACAAUAUACUCCAUAUUUAUCUAUUGAUUAUACAAUAGUGUAGUAUAUUAGUAUAUAUUAUUGAGACUCUAGGUGUUGUAAUAUCUUGUUUUAGAAGUACAGUACAUACGAGAGGGAAUGUCAAGCUAGCAUCCACUCAGCAUUCCUGGCCACGCAGCCUUCUUGGAAAUAUGGAGUUGUGAGUUAUCGAUGUGCUCCUAGGGAAGCGCUUUCACUUCAAACUAAUAAAAUCAAAGUAUUUAAACAAUGUAUUGUAGUUCUGUUGGUGGAGCCAAACCAACUGAUACCAAGUGAUACUAAUAUUUACACCAGGGCUGUCCAGGUCCAGCUCGUUUUUUUAUUGGCACAUUGUAAAAUUAAAAUAAAAUCAAUAUAACUUUUUUAAGAGCGAAAAGGCAUAAUGUAAAAUGAUUAUAUUUGGUUUUUUUUUUAAACUUAUUUAAAAAAUAAAAUUUUAAAAAUUAAAAACCUACAGCAAAAAUGAAAAAAGAAAGAAAAGAGAAAUGCAGUCUGUUUUCUCUCUAAAUCUACGAUCUAUACUGUCUUAUUAAGUCUUUUUUCCCUCUACAAAAAAAAAAAAAAAGUAUUUAGCAAUAUGCAAAAUUCCUUUGUGGAAAAAGUAUGGACACGCCUUCUCUACUCGAAUGAGACAUUGUUGUCUUCAAGCAGCAGAAGCAUUGCCUUUCUAAAUUACAUUUCUCCAUAUACCUUCACAUAUGACAAAUAUACAAUAUAUUUAAUUCGAAUUUACAGUACAAUAAGGUGUCCUUAAAGUCUGAUAUAAUAAUAUACAUACAGGAU